CUUCAAAUUGUAAAAACCACCGACUCAAAACUUCUUAGUCCCUCUUAGCACCUCACUAUAUAUGUCACUCUCUUUAUUUAUGUAUAGCCUUGUCCAAUUGGAGAGUUGUAGACUAGUGCGCUAAACUGUGGACUGUCAAUCUCUGAUUCAAUUCACUUCAAUUAAAGCAGUUUCGACAUUUAAAAAUGGAAGUAUAAAUUGAAGAAACUCCUUGAAGGUGUUCCAUUAUAUUAAGAUGGGAUUUGUGGACUUGUUCGUCGUGGCAUUAGUGCCUGUUCUGAAAACUCUCAUAAUUACUGCUGUUGGCUUGUUCCUUGCUUUGGAACGUGUCAAUCUCCUUGGCUCUGCUGCAAGGCACUAUUUGAACAAUCUUGUGUUCUAUAUUUUCACUCCUGCGUUGGUAGCUAGCAGCUUGGCUGAAACAGUAACAUCGAGCAACAUUGUUUCAUUAUGGUUCAUGCCCGUGAACAUCCUUCUCACAUUUAUCAUCGGUUCAGCACUUGGAUGGGUACUUGUGAAAAUCACAACAACUCCUAUACAACUCCAUGGUCUUGUUAUUAGUUGCUGUGCUGCAGGGAAUCUGGGGAACUUGCUUCUCAUUAUAAUUCCUGCAGUUUGUGUGGAGAAAAAUAGUCCCUUUGGAGAUUCAAUUACAUGUUCCACCAAUGGAAAAGCCUAUGCAUCACUAUCAAUGGCGAUAGGAGCAGUCUAUAUAUGGACUUAUAUCUAUAACAUAAUUCGAGCAUAUGGAGUCCAACAUAAUACCUCAACUGCCAACAUAGAGGAUUCUGGUGAAGUACCAGAGUUAUCGUCCAAUAGCUGCACAAAAUUGUUAUCUUCACAGGAUAGCCUACAAUCUGAUAUGGACCAUGAAGCUCAACUUGCAGUACCUCUCAUUGGAUAUGAAACCACACAUGAGGGACAUUUUGUUAGGAAGAUCAAACAACAUAUCAAAAUAUGGACGGAAAGGAUCAAUCUCAAAAUGUUGUUUGCACCCUCAACGAUUGCGACGAUUGUUGGAAUCAUCAUUGGUGUAACGUCCCUGUUAAGAAAGCUGAUGAUUGGAAAUGAGGCUCCAUUGCAUGUGAUUGAUAGCUCUGCAUCUAUGCUAGGAGAGGCUGCAAUACCAGCCAUGACAUUGAUAGUUGGAGCAAAUCUUCUUAGAGGUACAAUUACACAGUUGUUUGAAGUUGGUGAAAGUGAAUGUUCAGUGAUUAUGCUAUGGAAUUAUGCACUGGCAUCAGUUGCACUUACUCUAUGGACCACUUACUACAUGUGGAUUUUAUCUUGAUCAGUCUCUACAAAAUAUCAUGUCUUUUGUUUUUGCCUGCGCUUUAUUUUCGAUUAGUUAAAUUAUUUGUAUACUGUUAGUGUAUAACUUAAACCUUUAGGGGUCGUUUGGUAGUUGGUUACAUUAUAAGUUAUUUAUGUAUUAGAAGUAACAUAACUAAUAUCAUGUUUAGUAGCUUUUAGUUACUUUGUACAAAAAUCAGCAUAACUAAUGUCAUGUUUGGUUGCUUUUCCA